AUGGGGUUGCUCUAUUUUUUUGAAUCUACUGCGAAGCUCAAUGAACAGGGAUAUGUUCAUUCGUGUCUUUCUCUCUAUAAUGCUCUCAAGGGCUCGCGCUCGCUAUCCAUCAGAGAGAUUUGGAAGGUCAGUUUAUACUUUUAACUUGAUCUCUCUUUCGUGUUUGUUUAUUUGCAUAUCGUCUCUGCUGAGCCCAUAGUCAUAUAGGCUAAGAUAUUAAAUCAAAGAUAUGCAGCAUAUAAAAUUAAGCCUUUUGUGACGAGCAUCACGCAACGUGCGGCACACUGUGCCUGUAACGUCUCAUUUACUUGUUUUUCUUUAUGGUUACAGAUUCCUGGCGAACACAAACUGAUAGGAGGUGAGAAUAUAAGACUGCGAAUCGAUGCCAGAGUGCUCGAUUGCCUACGUGAAGUUUUUUAUUAACGCUGCGGCGCGAGUGAUGAACAUGCACACCGGUCAAACCUAUGGCAUGCGUAGGGGGGAUCAAUUUUAGCCGGUUGCUCGCCAAUUUCCCGCGCAAAAUUUCAAAGAGGAACAUAAGAAACAACUGCUGUCACGAAAAGCACGGCUUAUUUACUAAUGGGUAUCCCUAUAGGUUUCUUUCUUUGGAAUUUCAUCUAAUUUUUUCACUUGCUGAUCGAUCGCUCUUCUGAACAAUGCGUCUCGUCAUUUUUCUGCAGUCAUCACUGUGGAUUCGCCAGGAGAGCUGGAUUCUUGGGUUGCGUCUUCUUAUGAACACUUGGCAAACGGAAUCUCUACUGUGUUCACCCCAUUGAGACCUUAUGAAGAUUUUGCCGCCAAUGUUGGAGACUGGCUGGAGGAAGAUACCAAUAUCAGCCCUGUGCAUUGUGUACCAAAAAAUGGUCUACAUUACUUUCUCACUUUUACAGUGGAAUAUGAAGGUAAAGAUAAAACUUUCUGUACUGAAAGUCUGCUGUUGACGAGCAUUUCCCAUCUUUGCCGUUCAUCGCUUUAGCGCACCUAACUGAAAUCGCCAACUGCAAAGGCUACCGCGCAGUCAGUAAGUCAGUCAUUCAGUCAGGCGGUUAAAGAGGAUAGGUCUUCCUUUGAUUUUAAACUGGGUUCCACGCAGCGACAGAGGUCCUCUUACUUGUGUCAAGGAUGAUUUUGAAGCCUUGAUUUGAUUAUGAAAUUUAGUUUUUGUUCCUUCUCCAGGCAUGACUCAAGAAGACCUCUUCAAAGUCUGGUUUGAAGAAGGGAAAGCUGCUUUAGGAGCGAAGAAAUCUGGAAUUGUAAGGGACUUGUGGAAAGUGGUAGCACAACGAAAGGUAAUAUCAAUUUGACUUCCAUAAUUGGCUCUAAAUUUUGCCUUUUCCUCUUUUUUUUUUUUCCAAAAAGGAGGAUUGCUUAUAAUGGUAGUUAGGCUUUGGAUGGGUUUCAGAGUUGUUUCAGAUGAUGCAACCUUUAAAUGCAUGAACUCAACCGAACAGUUCGAUUGCAGGUUUUGCUUACUACAUAAUACAGCUGCAGUCCGCUAAAGCGUUGCUAAAGUCUUCUAAACUUUCCUAGGACUUAUGCUCAUUUAUUUGUUUAUUUAUCUAUUUUUUAUUAACCUUUAUGCGUAUUGAUUAAAAAUGACUUGGCAAGAUUGGUGGCUAAAAGAUCUGAUCUGCUAUUUAUAGGUUUUUGCCAUUGUGUGUGUUGAAAAACCAGGAGAUUUGGACAAGAUAUCAUUUGAAUUGCCUGUCAUGAAAAAGAUGGGUGACAAAGUCCAGAUCACAUGCAAGUCUAUUCGCCAGGCUGACGACUGGAUGAGAGAAGUCAGGGAAAUAGAGAAAGAACAAUUUCGAAUGUCUUCCUCGCGGCUAAGUACUGCGGAAAACAGAUAACUAAUCUGAAAAC